CAAUUUUUGUAACAAUGAUGAAGUUUAUCAAAACUACGUCGUUUUUAUGUGCCUUAAGACAUUCUUCCAUCCAGGCGAACUCCGGCGCUCACCAUCCCAUCAAACCUCGGCCCCCUCCUGCUUCAGCGAUUCUCUCGGUUAGUCGAUGCGGCAUGCGGCACAACGCCUAAGCGCACCACCGAUCUUAGCGUCGAAUUGUAUACCGAGGUCUGGCCGCGGCUGUCGGCCGUCAGUCAUUCACGGCCUCACUGAUUCAGCUGCGAAGGACCAGCGUCACCUGUCUCCGUCCAUAUUUCAGAUCGUCAUUUGCAGAUUGGUGACAUUUAUGAAACAAUUUAUGUUUCUAGGGGCAAAGGAUUUUGCUACAAAAUGUGGAAGGACAAUCACAAUUUAGUUUUUGGGUGUGGUGGCGAAGAAGAGAUUACUCGGUGACAAACAUAUGCAUUUUAACAGUGUUAACAAUGCCACCCAAUACAAGAACCAGAAAAGCCUACAAAGCUAUGAAAGAUAUGGGAAUAUCCGAAGGUUUUGUGAAACCGGCAUUGAAAAAUCUUUUGAAAAUAUAUGAAAAUGACUGGGCACACAUUGAAGAGGAGAAUUAUCGAGCACUUUCUGACGCGGUCUUUGAAAUGGCACAACCAAAGGUAGGAGCUUUGGAAGAAGAAACUUUAUCUAAGGAGCCUGAGCAACCACGUAAGAGACAGCGGUUACAAUCUAAAGAAGAUGAGAAGUCACCUUUCAACGACGCCAGCUCCAAAUUAGCUGAGGCAUCCUCAAAUAGUCAUAAAGUGAAGGAUCAUGUUGUAUCUAAUGAUUGUUCCACCAGUGUCUCACCCGACAUGGUGGGUUCUCAUCAGGCUAGUCAUGGAGAGAAGGCUCUUCAGGUUCCUUUCUUAUCACGCACAUGUGGUAGAAACAAAGAAAAGGAACCCAUUUCACCCAAAUCUUUGGGGUUGCCAGAUAAAUCUGUUUCAACUCAGCAUCAUGCCUCUAGGAGAAAUAUGUCCAAUGCAUUGAAGAAUUCUGGACCAAAGUCUAGCUCUCAUCCAAUGCGUCUUAGGGAUAGACAGAUAGAACUUCAAGCUCUUAAUUCUGCAUCCAGGAAAAAGACAUCAACACAUGCACUUUCCUCUCAUGCCUUACCCCUUCAAGAGACAAAUGCUGAUACUUGUGUUGCUCAAUCCCAAGAACAGAAUACUUCUGGUACUCAUGCUUUUAGAAAGCACAAGGAUGAGACAAUACUUGAUGAGGUGUCUGAUUUCAAGGUUCCAAUUGCUGUUUUUCCUCUUGAUUCCAGUGGGGCAAAGGAUGGAACCAACUGUAGAGCAACAUCUUCCAAUGAAAUGAAAACCAAUAAGAAACCGAUACAUCAACUUUCUACUCGCAAUGGUGUGGGUGACAGAGCACGACCUAAAGAAGAUGCAUCUAGGAACAGCGACUUUGAUGUUAUUGAAAAUGGUCAGAGUGUUAGUAAACAGAUGAAUCCUCCAAGUCCAGAGGUUGUGGAGUCACUUCAGUUACCUUUAGAUAAUACGAGUCCUUUAACUGAGGUUAUUGACAUUACCAAGAAGCAAGAAAAAAUGAUGAUUUCAUUAGUCAAUGAAGUUAAUAACAAGCGCCCUCCAUCCUUCCACUACAUUCCGGAUAAUACAAUAUUCCGGAAUGCGUAUGUAAACAUUUCCCUGGAUCGUAUUGGGGACAACCAUAGUUGUUUGACUUGUUCUGGGGAUUGUUUAUUGUUGCCCAUACCCUGUGCUUGCUCAUACGAAACAGGGGGUGAGUUUGCAUACACAAAAGAAGGACUUGUCAAAGAAGAGUUUCUGAAAGAGUGUAUUUCUAUGAACCGUGACCCAGGAAAACAUUGCCAAUACUACUGCACUCAGUGCCCACUCGAAAGAGCUAAAAAAGAUGGCGUUCAUAAUCCUUGCAAAGGCCAUCUAGUGAGGAACUUCAUCAAAGAGUGCUGGAAGAAGUGUGGAUGUGAUUUGCAUUGUGGCAAUCGCGUAGUACAACGAGGAAUAAGCCGAAAGUUACAGGUCUUUAUGACACCUGGAGGGAAAGGGUGGGGCCUGCGUACUCUCGAGGAUCUGCCAAGAGGUGCUUUUGUUUGUGAAUAUGUGGGAGAGGUUCUCACAAAUGCCGAACUAUUUGAGCGUGUUUUAAAGAGCUCUAGUACUGAGGAACACUCCUAUCCCGUGCUGCUUGAUGCUGAUUGGGCGGCUGAAGGUGUGUUAAAAGAUGAAGAAGCUCUGUGUUUGGAUGCUACUUAUUAUGGGAAUGUUGCAAGGUUUAUAAACCACAGAUGUGUUGAUUCAAAUUUGGUUGAGAUACCUGUUGAGAUAGAGACCCCAGAUCAUCACUACUACCAUCUUGCCUUCUUCACCACAAGAGUAGUUAAAGCCAGGGAAGAGCUGACUUGGGAUUAUGGAAUAGAUUUUCGUGAUCGGAAGCACCCAAUCAAAGCAUUCAAAUGCCAGUGCGGGAGCAGGUUCUGCAGAAACAAGAGACGUUCUAGAUUCAAAACAAGGAGAUGAAAACAUGUUCGGCGAUCAUAUCAUUGCCUUUGCAAAACCGGUGAACCUGCCGUUGAAACAUUCUGGUUUCGCUGCAUCUUUUUCGUGGAUAUGUCAUGGUUUUUUUUCUUUUUUAAAUAUUUAUUUCUUGGUGUUGGGUAGGCUACAUGUUUACUUCAUUCUUUAUUCUAGUUGUUGCACGCUGUGUGUGUAUAAUAAUCACCUCUAAUUUUUAUAUCAUAGAACUAAUAAGAGCACUUGCAUCAAAGUGCUAAACCUACACACCAAGAACAAAAUAAAGCUUGCGGAAGAAU